CAUCCUUACAUUGAGAAAGUUAGGGAGGCUAUGUCUGGUACAGUUUGUUGUAGUUUUAGCUCUGUGUUUGUUAUUUUAAACAUACUGCUAUGUAUAUUGUUUGUAAAGCAUUCAGAAAGUCAGCUUAUAUACGAAUCGGAUAAAGAGGACUGUGAUUUACGUGAGAGAAUAAUGAAAAUCGAGGAGGAAAACAUACGACUUCGACAGGAAUUUGAACGGAAUAAAAUACUUGUGACGUUCUCUGCGACGGCCAAAAAUGAUGAAAAACAAACAAUAAGAGGACCGAAUGAGAUCGUUGUGUAUAAGAAUGUCCUGAUUAAUGUUGGAAACGGAUAUGAUCCCACAACAGGAAUAUUUACAGUGCCUGUGUCUGGAAAUUAUGUCUUUUUCUUUGCAGUUGAAGUUCAAGAAAAUAAACAUUUAAGUAUUUAUUUAUCUGUCAAUAAUAAUAUUAUUGCAGAGGCAUUGGCAGGAAAAAUUAAAGAUUCCUUUAACACAGGCAGUAAUAUGGUAAGCCUGUUUGUGCGCAAAAAUGAUCGUGUAUUUAUCAGAUCACAUCCAGGAAAUUCCCUUACGCUGGAUAUUCGAUUCACGGGCAAUAGUUUUUCUGGAUUCUUACAUUCUUUGACUUAGAAAAAAAAUGACUACUUAAAGAGUGCAGUGGGAAACAUUUUACAGAGAGAGAAAGAAUUGUGAAUGUACAAAUUCCUUGUCAAUUUCUCUUUUCAGCUUUGUUCAUUCAUGUAGAGUAAAUGAAUGCAAGGAAAUGUGAUGU